AUGGCGCUGGAGGAGGAGGAGGAGGAGGAUGGCCCCGGACGGCAGCCCGAGGACGCGAGGCGCACGGAGCAGGUCCCAGUGAAUGGCCAGCCCAUAACAUCAGCCAACACCAGAGAGAAAAAGCUCCUCAAGCCUAAGAAGAAGAAGAAAGCCCAGUGCUCUGACAAGGAGGUGCCACAAGAUCUUUCUGUGGAAAAAGACAAACUGCGAGAGGAGGAAGGAGUUUGGCAGACCAAGAUCAGCAGCCGAGAGAAGAGACACUUAAGGAAGGAAAAACUGAAACAAAAAGGAACAUGGGAUAUUGCAGAAGUAAAAUCCUGUCCUGUGACCUUUGGGACGUUACCACAGCUGUCCAGGGAGUUAGAUGACCCUUCAACGAUUGACCCAGAUUCUGACUGGAAGGCUCCCGUGGAAGAGUGGGGAAACUGGACAGGGGAUGAGGAGCAUCAGACAGGGGACAAGAAGGGCAAGGAUUUGCCAGAAGGCAGAGCAGGCAUUCAUCCCUGCCUUCCUGGACUCGAAAGUAAAACACAGCGGAAGAAGAAGAAAAUUGAAGUGAAGGAAGCAAGGGGUGGAGCUGGGCUGAGGCAUCCCCAGCAAGGUUUGGAAAGAAGAAUGGAAGAAGACCCAAGGGCCUUGAUAUCUACAGAAUACAGCAGUGGUGCAGUUUGUGCUUCCUUCAGAAAAUCCUUGGAUAUUGCUAAUAAUGCACCACCCAGUAAUGGUGUCCCUGGGAAGAAGGAGAGGAAGAAGAGGAAGAAAAUGGAGAAAGAGACUUGAGGGAGCCGUGCAGCUGCCAGAGUGACAACCCAGUGGGGCAGGCCUGCCCAUGAGCUGCAAGGAUUCUGCUUUCUGUGAUGCCAUGCUGAGCUCAAAGUAAAGAGAGGCUCUGGGAGAUCUCCCAGCAAGAGGAACAGAAGAGGAGCCAGAGCAUGAGUGUGAGAGAAUGAGUGUGCUGAGCACAGGAGGUGGCACUGGAACUGAUGGAAGACAAAUGAGUGGCUGUUCAUGCCAGGCUGCUGCCCUCAAUUCAAAGCUGCUGAAUGGGUUCUGACUGGUUGCAUUAAGUCCUUUCAGUUUUUCCCUGUCAUGGUGUUUGUCAACUUGUCAUGUUACAUGCCAUUGUAGAAAUGGUCAGGACAUACCUGACCGGGAUUGUACUUCAGUGCCAUGGAGGAUCCACCAGCUCAUCUGGUCUCUGGCCUUUCUGCAGAGGUGAUGCUUGACACACUAAUGUACAGAAGGAAGCACUCUGCAGAGGCAAAGGGAGAAUAAUGUGGGUCAUUCUCAAACCUCCUACAUCUUUUAAAUCCUUAUUGAGCCGCUGCAGCCAGACUUUUGCCUGAUACCUUGACAUAAUUUUCACCCCUUAUCAGGCUAGCUUAUUCCACAGGGGAAAAUUUUUAAAGGAGGUUUUAAACCUAUCUGGAAACAUGGUCUAAACCUUUUUCUCCUCAGAUUUCCUGAUGAGGUGAAGUUUAAAGGCUGUAUGUCAAAAGCAUGUUGCAUUUGUACUUACUGUAGACUGAAAUGACUUUGAAAUAUUUUUUCUUAAUCUGAUCUUGGGAAGUUUUCAUCAUUUUGUUACUUCAGUAUUCUAAUAUAAACUCAAUUUGUGAACAAAGUGUUUUUAAAUGUUGUUUUAGUAUUUAUUGAAGACUGUGUAUUUCUUGAAAUGUGUGUAUUUCUUGUCAGAGGGCUUACAGCAUGGAGGAGGGAAUGUGUUUAUAAGUAACUCUGAGCUGACACCACUCAAACCUGAAGCACUUUAUCCCUAGAGGAGCUGCAGCUCUGGUGGUAGCUGUGAGUGUUUCCUAGAUGGUCCUGAGACUGUGCCUCCACCUGACCCAUCUGAGAAGUGCUGCCUGGGAGGAUGAGAUAGUGAUUCUUAAGUCUCCAUCUGCAUUUAAACUUGUGCCUU